UUAUUGAUCACAACACUUUAGGACAGUCGAGCUAAUGACUCCGAGCAAUUGUAACGAGAGUGACAAUAAGAAAGACGACAAAACUCCAAGAAUGCCGAACAUCAAAGUCUUCACCGGAAGCUCCCACCCUGAUCUCGCCAAAAGGAUCGUAACACGCCUCGGACUGGACCUCGGAAGAGCCACGACCAAGAAAUUCAGCAACAAGGAAACCAACGUCGAGAUAGGAGAAUCUGUGCGGGGUGAAGAUGUCUACAUCGUACAGAGUGGCUGCGGGGAAAUCAACGACAAUUUGAUGGAACUCCUGAUCAUGAUCAACGCUUGUAAAAUAGCAUCCGCCUCCCGAGUCACAGCCGUCAUACCCUGCUUCCCAUACUCCAGGCAAGACAAGAAAGAGAAGAGCCGAGCGCCGAUUACAGCUAAGCUUCUAGCCAACCUCAUAUCAGUUUCUGGCGCUGAUCACGUGAUAACUAUAGACCUCCACGCGUCUCAGAUACAAGGGUUCUUCAACAUACCCGUAGAUAACUUAUACUCGGAACCAGCUAUCACCAAGUGGAUUAAGGACAACAUACCGGAAUGGAAGGACAGCGUCAUGGUGUCUCCAGACGCCGGUGGUGUUAAACGCAUGACGUCCAUAGCCGAUAAACUCGACAUCGCCUUCGCGAUCAUACACAAAGAAGGUCAGAGAGCGAACGUAGCAGAGUCCACGGUACUCGUCGGAGAUGUGAGAAAUAGGACGGCAAUCAUGGUCGACGACUUAGCAGACACCUGUGAUACCAUAGUGAAAGGAGCUGAAAAGUUGCGCGAAGCAGGAGCAAACAAGGUCUACGCGAUUUUGACGCACGGAGUUCUCGCUGGUAACGCGAUAGAGAAGAUCAACAACUCUUGCCUCGAAGCCUUCGUCAUAACGAACACCAUACCUCAGGACAAGAACAUGAAGGUGUGCCCUAAGCUGCAAGUGAUGGAUAUAUCAGUGAUGCUAGCUGAGGCGAUUCGCCGUACGCAUUAUGCGGAAUCAGUGUCCUACCUUUUCACAAACGUACCUUAUUGAAUUAACGGACUUUGUGACUUAACUAAGAUUGACGGCUCGCGAAGGCCGUUUUUAUUAAGUUUUUAAUAAAAAUAUAUGGUUAAUUUUGAUUUUAA